AUGUUAAUAAACGCGAGAGUGUUUGUCAUCGCCGCGCUGAUAAUAUGCAUUGUGUACGCUCGCACCACUGACAAUCCAGAUUCUUACAAGGAAACUAGUAAUAAGAAAUAUGGUAGAUCGAUGUUGGCUGAAAUAGCAAAGGAACUCGUGCAAAGAUCGACCACCGGUAGUCAGGUGCUCAAUUUAAAUUUAUCGAAUCUACUGUUACUUCUGGUCCUCAAAGCGGUUGUGUUCGGCGCCGGUUAUUUAGGAAAUCACGGCUACAAGGGUCGCGAAUUACAGGAUGAAAAUAUCGUAUCGGAGGGCGAGAUUGCCCUAGCUCUUGGAUAUCUGAUCGGAGAUACCUGUUUGUACAGAGCAGCUUGCGAAGAACCGCAUGUUGCGAGAGAAUACCUCGGGGCGGCGGAAAUGCUGUUGCAAACUAUGAAAUUGAUGCCACAAAGCUUACUUACUGAAUACGAUUAUGAGAAGAUGAUGAGUGAAUUCCGAAAGGCGAUUGAGUAUGGUAGCAUCCAGCAAUGUCCGUUGGAAUACAGCUGCAAGAAAGACGAUAUAAAUAAUUUCUUCCGAAAUGAAAAAAAAUAA